GCUCCUCGGCCUGAGCAGAUGGGUGGAGGACCCCCCCCGCCGCCCCUCUCGGUGACGAAGCGGACGGCCGCCCGGACCUUGCCCUCGAGCAUGAGCUUGUUGAAGAUGCGAUAGACCGACGCGUCGUCCAGCUGAGGCUGAGUGGUGGGGAACUGCUGGUCCAGUCGCUCCGCCUCGCACACGAGCUCCUCCACCUGCCCCUUCUGCCACAUCUCCAGCCGCCUCCAGAGCAUCCGCUUGACAUCGCGCUUCCUCUUGACAUCCGGAUCUCGCUGGAUGAGUGUGCGGACGAAGACGCCAGCCCGCUCGGACGGUGCCUCGAGCUUGGAGAUCUUCUCCACCUCAUCAGCGAUGGCAUCGGCGAUGGCGCGGCCAAGGUUGCCAAGCUUGCUGAGAUCCUUCACGCACCGCAGUCGAAGCUGGCAGAUCCGCUGGUGAUAUGCCUCCCACUCAGGGAAAGUCGAUCCACUGGCGGAGUUGACGAGGGGCUCGCCGAAGGCCUCACGCAUCUUCUCAUCGACAAAGGAAGCCGUGGAGGGCACGGCAGGGCCAGCAGAGGGGGAGACGGCAUCCGAUUCAUCAUCAUCAUCACUGCAAACGGCCGGGUCCGCGGGAUACGCAAAAUUCGUGCACGUGCCGCGCUUGCAGCUGACACAGUUAGUGCAGAGGCGCUUGUGAUUCCGGCAGUCACAUCGUCGGCUGCAUGUGGACAGCGCAGACGUCCCUUUCUCGUUGCAUGCGCAACAGGGGGGCCCGCCGCCGUCUCGCGGGAUGAGGGUAGGUGGAGGGGGUUGGGUGUAGUCUGAUACACGCUCACUCAU